ACUCCUCGGCAGCGCUGGAUGGAUUGGGGUGAUGUCAACGCAUGAGCCCCGUGGAACGCCGUGUGCACGUUUCCCAUCACGAUUGUCGCCUUCACGUCGCCUCGGCGAGAGGAUCGAGCCUUCUGAUGACCCUUCCAUUCUGCCUGCCCACCUCCUCCUCCAUCCGCCGGCGCGUCUCUCACAUGUCAGGCAAAGGUGACUUUCAGGCAGUUUCCCCCCCACUUCUGCGCGCCAUGCAGGCGGAGAGGCGUAAAGAUGUGCGAGGUGGCCGUGCGGACCGCCCAGGCUGUGCGUGAGGAGGACGCACGCGAGCUGUCAGGUAUAGUCAAGUCGUCAUUUCAAGGGAGCCAAAAAAUGUGCAGUUUAUUUUAUUAAGAGCCACUAUCACAGUCCUCGGAAGCGGCAAGGCGAGUGUGUCAUGUGUUGCAGGCUUUCAGGGAUCGCUCGCAAGGAGAUCAGAAGCACCACGCGGUGCUGCUCAGUUUGCCCUACAAAUCUAGAUUUGGUCAAUUUUUGCUCCAUGACAUAAUGGACAGGUUGCAUUCGUCCAUGCGUAAACGGCUCUACAGUUUGCCCCAGCACAUUGGACACAAAACGUCCAUCAUGGGCGAAGGAGAAGACGCGGACAAGGACACGCGCAGGAAGAGCAUUCGGAUGAAGCCGCUGCCGUCACCCACCUCCGUGGGAAGCUGCAGAGGCAUCGGGGAGACCAAAAGCGGCGAGUCGCUCAUCAUGGAGACCGACAUCGGGAGACCGAUGAAGACCAGCUCCAACGGAGACUGUCGGAGGUUCCGGGGCAGCCUCUCGUCCAUCACCAGCCGCCAUGUGCACGACUCGGACUCGGCGGAGGAGAGGCGACUCAUUACUGAGGGGGACGUCACCCCGAGCGAGGAGAGCCCCCCGGGAGCGAUCGGCGAGAGCGCCCCGGAGCAAGGCGCGCAAGGGGCCGGCGGAGGUGGCGCGUCCGCCGGCAACGGCGAGAGCGCACCUCCGAGCGAGUCCCAAGCAGACGCCCAGUCCGGGUUCAUAAAGUUGGAUGGAAUCGAACAGAUCUUGCCUGACGACGAGCGCUUGUACCAGGCCGGCUUCAUGCACCGUCAGUUCGGGGCUAUGCUCCAGCCGGGGGUCAACAAGUUCUCCCUGAGGAUGUUUGGAAGCGAGAAGGCGGUGGAGCGGGAACAGGAGCGGGUUAAAUCUGCCGGAUUUUGGAUUAUUCACCCCUACAGUGAUUUCAGGUUUUACUGGGAUUUGACCAUGCUGCUGUUAAUGGUGGGAAACCUCAUCAUCAUCCCCGUAGGCAUCACUUUCUUCAAGGACGAGCACACGCCCCCCUGGAUUGUCUUCAACGUAGUAUCGGACACCUUCUUCCUCUUGGACCUUGUGCUGAACUUCCGGACGGGCAUCGUCAAGGAGGACAACACGGAGAUCAUCCUGGACCCGCAGCAGAUCAAAAUCAAGUACCUUCGCAGCUGGUUCGUGGUGGACUUCAUCUCCUCCAUCCCGGUGGACUACAUCUUCCUCAUCGUAGAGACGCGCAUUGACUCCGACUUCUACAAGACUGCCCGCGCCUUGCGGAUCGUCCGCUUCACCAAAAUCCUCAGCUUGCUUCGCCUCCUGCGCCUCUCCAGACUCAUUCGCUAUAUCCAUCAAUGGGAAGAGAUCUUCCACAUGACCUACGACCUGGCCAGCGCCAUGGUACGGAUCGUCAACCUUAUUGGUAUGAUGCUACUUCUUUGCCACUGGGACGGCUGCCUGCAGUUCCUGGUGCCCAUGCUGCAGGACUUCCCCGCCGACUGCUGGGUGUCCAAAAAUAAGAUGGUGAACGACACGUGGGGACAGCAGUACUCCUACGCGCUGUUUAAAGCCAUGAGCCACAUGCUGUGCAUCGGCUAUGGCAUGUACCCCCCGGUGGGCAUGACCGACGUAUGGCUGACCAUCCUGAGCAUGAUCGUGGGCGCCACAUGCUACGCCAUGUUCGUGGGCCACGCCACUGCCCUCAUCCAGUCGCUGGAUUCGUCACGGCGACAGUACCAGGAGAAGUACAAGCAAGUGGAGCAGUACAUGUCCUUCCACAAGCUGCCGGCAGACAUGAGGCAGAGGAUCCACGACUACUACGAGCACCGCUACCAGGGCAAGAUGUUCGACGAGGAGAGCAUCCUGGGGGAGCUGAACGAGCCUCUCCGAGAGGAAAUCAUCAACUUUAACUGUCGGAAACUGGUGGCCUCCAUGCCGCUGUUUGCCAAUGCCGACCCCAACUUUGUCACCUCCAUGCUCACCAAGCUCAAAUUUGAAGUGUUCCAGCCCGGGGACUACAUUAUUCGAGAGGGCACCAUUGGCAAAAAGAUGUACUUCAUCCAGCACGGCGUGGUCAGCGUGCUAACCAAAGGCAGCAAGGAGACCAAGCUGUCAGACGGCUCCUACUUUGGUGAGAUUUGUUUGUUGACUCGCGGCAGACGUACGGCCAGCGUGCGAGCCGACACGUACUGUCGUCUCUACUCGCUGUCGGUGGACAACUUCAACGAGGUCCUGGAGGAGUAUCCCAUGAUGCGACGGGCCUUUGAGACAGUUGCCUUGGACAGACUGGACAGGAUUGGCAAGAAAAAUUCCAUCCUGCAGCAUAAGGUGCAGCAUGACCUCAGCUCGGGUGUCCUCAACUACCAGGAGAAUGAAAUCAUCCAACAAAUUGUGCAGCACGACAGGGACAUGGCCCACUGUGCCCACCUUCUGCAGAACGCCCCUCCCCAGACACCACCUUCGCCCACACCUGUCAUCUGGGCCCCACUAAUCCAGGCGCCUCUCCAGGCGGCCGCCGCCACCACUUCGGUCGCAAUCGCUCUCACACACCAUCCCCACCUUCCACCGACUCUCUUCAGGCCUCCGGUUUCAGUGCUUGGGUCCCUGAAGGAUCCCCCCAGUCGGCAAAAGAAGUUUCACACUUUUGGGCCGUCUUCGCCAGCUCCUGGGUCUGCUGGGGAUUCUCCUGUCAGCACACCUUCGAAACGGCGUACCGGUGUGGACAUGUCCUUACUGGCCUCUUUUCAGGCUCAGCAUGUAGAAUCAGGUUCGGGGGCAACUAGCUCUAGCCAACAGGGUUCAGGUAGUGGAGGCCACCAUGGACUGAAUGAGAACAAGUCAGGGUUUAAUGUGAGCGGCUCCUCUGCGCUUCCUCGCAAACCGUACUCAUCAUCCAGUUCGCCCUCAUCGAGUUUGGCCCAGCUGCACUCACAACCACAGCAUCAGCAGCCUUUUCGCUCCACCACCCCGCCUUUAUCCAAUUUGUUCCACCAAACAUCGACGGGUGGAAGCACAGGGUCGGGAAUAAGCGGAAGUGCAGUCGGCGCCUGCGGUGGUGCAGGAGACUGGCCUCUGAGUGGAGAAGUCGGAGGGUCUUUGGAAGGGGCGAGCGGAGGUGACGGUGGAUGGGCCGGUGAGGAUUUUACAGCCACAACGACGGAAGCGAGUACGCUGAAACCCUUCAGAUUGGGAGCAGCUCCCGGUGGAUCAGUGGGGGGUAUCUCAGGGGAAUCACCGGGAGGGGUUUCUGAAGGAUCAACAGGUGGUGCUUGUGGCAGAACAGCAGCAGGGGUCUCAGGCGGUGUUACCUGUGUGUCAGUAUCAGAUCCAGCCAGAAGAUCUUUGGGAGGGGUCUCACUUGCAUCACUAGGAAGGGCUUCUGGCGAAUUAUUCAUAGGAAGGGCUUCUGGCGGUUCAUUCGAAGGGACCUCUCUAGAAUCAAUGUUAUCAACCACCACUGGAGGAUCAUUAGGGAGGGCUUCAGUUGGGACAGCAGGAGAGACCUCUGGAGAUUUACUGGUCUCGACAACUGCCGCAGGGUCAUUAGGGAGGACUUCCCGUGGCUCAGUAGGUGGGACUUAUGAAAAAUUAAGUGUAGCAGUGACCAAUAGCGGAUCGCUCGGGCGACCCUCUUUUGGAUCAAAGGUUUCCGGAGGAGCGAACGGAGGAGUAGCUGUGGGUUCCCUUAUUGGCAUUUCGAGUGACUGUCUAAUAUCAACUCUUGGAGGAGGAUCUCUGGGAAGGGCUUCCAGUGGAGCUGCAGCGAGCUACAUCGAGGUAGGUCCAAGUGGGACAGGGGGAGGAGGGAUUGCUGCACAUAACAGCAGGACAACAGAGGGCGCAGUAGGGGGCCAUGCAGUAACUGGUCCUUCAGGGGGGGCUUCAGGUGGCACCACAGAGGGACUUAUUUCUUCUACACGCUGUCAGAGCCCAAUAUCUACUGGCUCUUCCAGCCCCAUGCCAGGACAGCUUCUCUACAAUCAGCCACCCCCCAAGCCUCCUCAACUGACCCCCUUGCAACAAUUUGCUGGAGGGGGCAGGACUACAAGUGGCUUGAACCUCCUCCACUCCCCACCACACGGCUUCUCUUCUUCAAGCAAAGGGGAUAAUGGCCAGCAGCCCAGCGAGGGUUCACCGUCAUCGCUUGGGCAUUUUAGCCUGGCAAGUCUCCAGUCCGGAUAUCUUCCACACCAGUUGUCUUUGGAGAGGUCUGCCUUGGCUUCCCUGGCCCAGUACGGUUCAGCCAACGUCUCGCCAUGCCUUACUCCGGUGGCACCGAGCCCAACUAUUCAAAGCCCGGUGACAAGCAGGACUUUCCACUUCAGCGACCCAUCCAGUGCCACAGGAUCCCACAGUUCCCUGCUCAUGCCUCAGUCCUCUCUUCCUUCACAUCCUUCGGUCCAGACACACACCGCAGGAAGAGAUACACAGCCUGGUCGUUUUUCUGAGGAUCUAAAGCUGCUAUCUAGCUCGCAUUCAUCUCUUCCCCAGGAGGUGGCCCAGGCCUUAGGGUACCAAACUGCUUGCUCCUCUGUGGAAACUGGUUAUUACCCCUCACCUUUCUCCUCACCCACUCUCAAAUCCAAAACCUGUAGCUCGGUUCCCGGUCAUUUGACUCCUCCAAUUCAGCUUUCUCCGGGCCACCCCCAUCAGACUCACUCUGUCGUAGCCUCGCCGUCCCCAUCGCUCCGGAGGGGCUCCUCUGCCUACUCGUCAGAUCUCGAAACUCAAGCAGUCCGCUCAAAGCUUCCUUCCAAUUUGUGAGGAUUGAUCACACCCUCCUGUGCUCCUCCAGACUGAAACGCAUACAAACGUUAUCUCACGUGGGGUUGCUUUCAUUUUCUUUGAUCAGAUGUCACUGUGUUCCGCUUUUUAUUUUACCUUAAACUCGCUGUGAUUUAAUAGACACUUGACCAGGUAACAAUCUUUUAUGCUUUGUCCUAUUCUUAUUUACGUCAUGUAUAUAGAUAGAGGUAUAUUUAAGUAAUAUGUUAAUCGAGGAGGGUGUGAAAAUGAUCUCUAUUUAAAGGACUGUCAUUUCUUGACAGGAGAGGGCAGGUCAAUACUCAAAUACUCAUUUUGUCUGCAGGCACCUAUGCACUAACACCUGCAUCCAAGGCUUUUUGUGUGUCUCAACAAAAGUGAUCUACAUUUUUUUGCUAAAAUGAUACAUGUCAUAUGGGAUCGCAUAUUGUUGAUUCUCAAAUGUAUAGACUGUGCUUAUUUAUCAUGUGUAUCUGUGUAUACCUUUUGAAACCUUAUGACACACACAAAAAAAAAAUAGGAAACCAAAAAAGACUUCCAGUAAGGUAAAUCCCUCCAACCCCUUAUUUUAUAGCACUCUAUUGUAAUAUUAUUAAGAAUAAUAAUAAUAAUGUAUUUGAAUGCAGGGCGAAGAGGGCCGCAAGUGAGCUAGCCUCCAUUUCACUGUGGAGAUUACUGCAGCAUGUGUGUCCCAACAAACUCACUUUGUCUUCCAAAAUCAUGCCGCUAAACCUUUUUCCAACGCCCAUGUCAUUUCGUUCGUCCCGAAUGUGUGCGGCUGCUGCGCAAGUGUGCGACUCAGCAGAACAGUUCGAUGCAAGGCAAGACGUUGCCUUUUUUUCCAUUUGUUUUCCACGUUAAAAAAACCCAGACUUUCAUGAAGCACGGGUUGUCUGUGUUGAUUCUCAGCCAUCCAAGUCAUUAGUGUGACACACAAGCUGCGGUUCAUCCUCUAAAUUUGAAGUGAAGGCAACCAGAGCAUCUGCCUCUGAUUCAACUUCAGUGGGUAAACCGUAGCUUGCAUGUGGUGUGGCGUAGCACUUGGACCAUUUGAAAAAAAUAAAUAUACAUCAAAUUUUCAGCGCUGAGAAUGGAAAUGAACAACGUGAUCAUUGAUAUGCUCAUUAUUUUGUCUUCUAUGGCUGCUAUCGUAUCAACAUGGGAACGUCUCUUUAAGAUGUUGAAUGUAUGGACAUUUAGCGCCGGUUAAAAAAAAAUGGAAUUACUGUAGCACCAAAACAAGACUGUUCUGUCACUUAAAAAUGGCAGUCGGGUUCAAUGUAUUGGACAAGUUUUCAUCAGCAGCCGUUUCUGUUGCUAAAGUGGCCUUUGAGAAGACUUAUUGAGCAUUAUUACAUGCUUACGAUUAAAACUUGUUAAGUUAAAGUAGCAUCUUCCCCAAUGCUAUCAUGCAAUACUUCAAGUGUAGCAGAAAGCAUGUGUAUACUAAUGUUGGUACUGUUCAGACCGUUUGGGUGCAGGGAAGCAUAACACUAUUUUAAUUCUCUUUUGUUUUGUUUUUUUUUGGGGGUUUUUUUCCAUGCUAAGGUUCUUUUGAGGAGCUACCCGGUGGAAUUGUACCCUCGAGCGGAUGUAGCGCAGCUUCACAAUAGCUUACUAUUAUGUCGGUCUCUGAUGGGUACACUCAAUUUUCAUGCUCUAACGUCAAAUUCUUUACCGUCAAUCAAUUGUCAUGUCCUUUCUUCGACAGACUGUAGAAUACAGACAUAGGCACUUUAUCCUCCGAACCAAUUUUUAAAAGGUAAGAGAUCCCACAAAUGACAAGGGGAAAAAAAAGGAAUCAUCAUGUGUGUUCUUACUGCUUUUAUGUGUGUGGUGUACUCAGAAAGACCAAACACAGCACACAUAUUGCAAUCAGAAACUUUUGACACAUUUCAUGAGCAGCUCGGGGGGAGGAAAAAAAUCAACUCUUAACACACCCCACAGCACAGCGUAAUCGCUCAUGAUCGUUUUCGAGAGACUUACAAAGAUCAAGCAUUUGCUGACUUUGAUUGCAAGGGUUGGGAAAAUGCUCAAAUCUGGUCCGAUUUUCAUUUUAGCCAAAAAUGAGUUGGAGGCAGACAAGGACAGAGGAUAUGUUUCAACGAGUUGGUCUGCAGCUCGUCACCGAUACGCAUACAUCCAGGCAGGUUCCUCUCCAACAGCUGAGGCCUCAUCAACUCGGUCGCAGCAGCCUAAUUUAACAAGACGUUUGCAAGGCUAACAUGGAGUCACUCACAGAAACACA